AUGGGCAAGAGAAGCCAUAACGCCGAGCCAACCGAGCUGCGGGCAAAGAAGAAGUCAAAGUCCGACAAGCACUCUGGAUCCGCCAAAGAAAAGACCUCGUCAGACAAGGAGAAUGGCAGCUCCGGAGAUCAGGCAGCCUACAUCCAGAAUGCUGCCCUCACUGAUCUGCCUCAAUCCCAGAUUGAUCUGUUCUUAGACGAAAAAGUCAUCAAAGUCACCGAUUCUUCACCCGGGGGCUCGAAGUUCCGCCCUCUCAUUUCCUUCGAUUAUCUGCCCCCCUGCGACGAUGAUUUGUACGCUCCAUUGAAGUCAUUCCCCGCGCCUACGCCGAUUCAAGCGGCGACUUGGCCGCUCCUGUUUGCAGGCCGUGACGUGAUUGGCAUUGCAGAGACUGGCAGCGGCAAAACCUUGGCAUUUGGUUUGCCGUGCCUCAAGAAGUUGAUGGAAAGCAAGCGGAGCAAGAAGCCUUCUCAUCCGACGACCGUUAUCAUUUCGCCCACUCGGGAACUUGCUAUGCAAAUCUAUGAUCAGCUCGCCAAGUUUGCCGACGUGGUGAAGGCUGGCGUGACCUGUGUCUAUGGUGGCGUGAGGAAGGACGAACAGCGUGAAGCGCUCAAGAAAGCUGUCAUUGUGGUUGCCACUCCCGGUCGCCUGAAGGAUCUCCAGAACGACGGAUCGGUCAACCUUGGGAAGGUGAAGUAUCUUGUUCUGGAUGAGGCUGAUCGUAUGUUGGAUAAGGGAUUUGAGCAAGAUAUCAAAGACAUCAUCCAACCUAUGCCGGUCUCCAAGAGGCAGACUGUCAUGUUCACCGCCACGUGGCCUCGCUCUGUCCGGGAUCUGGCCGCAGGUUUCAUGAACGCUCCCGUGACAGUCACCAUUGGCGGAGACCCUUCGGCCGACCCUCGUGCGAAUACGAGAAUCAAGCAAGAGGUCGAAGUUAUGGAUGGGCGGGAGAAGGAGGGGAGACUCAUCCAGCUUCUGAAUCGGUCGCAGAGGGGGACUAAGAGCCCAGAAAAGGUCUUGGUCUUUUGCUUAUACAAGAAAGAGGCGAUUCGAGUGGAAAGGCUUAUCAAAAUGAAGGGGUUCAAGGCUGCUGGCAUUCACGGUGACUUGAACCAGGCAGAACGAUUCCGCAAUCUUGAUGCUUUCAAGAGCGGCGCAGCCACCAUUCUUGUUGCAACCGAUGUAGCGGCUCGUGGCCUGGACAUUCCGGCGGUGAUGUUGGUGGUCAACGUCACCUUUCCUCUCACUGUCGAGGACUAUGUGCACCGCAUUGGACGGACUGGGCGAGCUGGAGCCGAGGGCCAUGCCAUCACCUUUUUCACGGAACAAGAUAAGGCUCUGUCCGGCGGGUUGAUCAACGUUCUCAAGGCUGCAAAGCAGGAUGUACCCGAAGAUUUGAUGAAGUUUGGCACUACCGUCAAGAAGAAGCAGCACGACGCAUACGGCGCGUUCUUCAAAGACGUUGACACGGACAAGAAGGCGACGAAGAUUACAUUCGACGAUUGA